UUUACAGUUAAACUUUAUUAUAGGUACAAUCUGAGGUUUCAGGCAUCCACUGAGAGUCAUGAAGCAUAUCCCUUGACAAUAAGGGGGGACUACUGGAUUGUCCUUGUUUGCAUGCUUAUCUUGCCACUGUUUCUGAAAACUCAUGUUUCUUGAAAAAAACAUGAUUUGAAUGAAUGACUGUUUCUCAAAAUGAGAGACAAGAGAAAGAUUACUGUUUUUAGGAACCGACACAAAGAUUCAUGGAUUGCGGACCAGCCUAAGCCCAAAGAUAACACUGCAGAAAUCCUAAACAUGAGAAAGUACAGUACUUAUAACUUCCUCUUGGCAUAAAAGCUAAGAAAAAAUACCAUUCCUGCUGGCAGCAGAAACAAGGAAGUUUGUAGAAAGUAAAAUAGAGAGGGAUACUGGGGUGGCUCUGUCGGUUGAGCUUUCGACUCUUGAUUUCAGCUCAGGUCAUGAUCCCAAAGUCAUGGGAUUGAGCCCUACAUUGGGCUCUGCACUGAGCAUGGAACUUGCUUGGUAUUCUUUCUCUUUCUCUCUCCCUCUGUCCCUCUCCCCCUGCUGUCUUUCUCUCACUAAAAUAAAAGUAAAAAAUAGAAAGUAAAACAGAGUAACAACCUGCAUGUGCUUGGAUUAGCGUUAAAGUGCUCCAGGCUGAAUGGAUGAUGGAAGAGUAUACAUAAACCUAGCAAUCUCUGAGUGUUCAUUCAUUUGAGGAGUAUGUGAGUGAGUGAGUGUGGGUGUGGGUGUUGCGUGUUAACAUAGUAAGUGGUGAAUAUUUCAACAUUGCAGUCAGGUUGCUUUGAUUCAGGCCCUAGUGCCGCCAUUUAUUAGCUUAAAUUUCUUCUAAGCCUCAAUGUUCUCAUCUGUAAAAUGGAUGAAUAAUGAUGAUUAUAGAAUCAACUCCUUGGCGCUGUUGUAGGGGUUAAAUGACGUCAUUCAUGUAAAGGACUAACCUAGUAAGCAUUUAAUAAAUGUUAGCUGUUACUAUGGUAAAGUAUUUUUUUCACCUUCUUCAGUUGAACAUAUAUAACAAGUACAUCUGUAGAAGAAAACCCCCUGCAUCCUCCGGUAAGUUGCAUUAAAAAAUCUAGCAGCAUACAAAUGGCAGAUGACCCUAUGUUUUAGAGUGCCUGAGUCUACUUCCUCAGGAGAGUGUUUUUGUUGUCCAGAAUUUAAAGUCUCUUUCAGCUGGGUUUAUUAGCGUUUAUGACUGGGACAAACAUGCAGUCUGUUAACUGAAGACCUUGUUUGGGAAUAUCACAACUCUAGACAAGAAAUAUGUUCUCAUGUAAGAAUUUCCAUUCACUGGUGCUUUUUCAAAUAUGACUCUAAGAAUGCAACCAGGGUUUGGGGUUAACCUGUUGGUUUCUCUCAUGCUGCAAUUUAUAUUCAGAUUCAGAAAGGCAUCCUUCUAGCACAUUAUGGCAAUUACAAAGGUAUGGUUUUCCUGGAGAAAAUUUCACUGCAUAAGAUGAUAACGGCAGUUGUGCCAACCAUGGAAGGACACUAACAUCCAACUCUUUUAGGCACUUAAAUGGCAGCUUUGAAGAGUGUACAGUGCUUGUUUUCCUUCCUGGACAAGAUUGUCCUGCCUUCAAUUCUCAAAGCUAAAUGCACAGUGGAUGGUUGCCUGGGUGACAGCCUGUAAACUAAGCAGUCUCUUUGCAGCUAACUGAAGGGUUUGUGCACACAGAACCAGCUUUAAUUAUUUUUUUAAGUACUUUGAGCUGUGCAACAUUGGAAAAUAAUCAAAGAAAAAAAAAUCUAUAUCUAUGCUGCUUUUAAAUGGAUCCCUCACUGAAGUGUUGGUUGACAGCUGCCCCAGAAAUCUGCCACCAAAAAUUAGGAUGACGUGGACUGCUGUUUUUCUCCAUCUUUCUUCAACUGUGUAUCAGCUCCCACAGCAAAACACGACAUAGGCAAAUUUAUGGACUUAGCAAGAUGAAUAAAAAUAAACUGAUUCAUGAUUUCCUGGAAGUAGUUUCAAGGGGUGAUGUGGAACUCAUCUGUGACUAUAUUAGUAAAGUCCAUUCCAUCCUUGGAAACCUUAACUUUCAGCAUCCAACGACUGGAAAUACACCUCUCAUUACUGCAGCAGAAGAAAAUCUAACAGAGGUUGUUGAAUUUCUUCUGGAAAAGGGAGCAGAUAUCACCCUUUGUAAUUACAGCAAUCAAACUGCAGUUCAUGUGGCUAAUUGCCACGUCCAAAGACAACUCUUGGCUAUCAAUGGAAUCCAGGCUCCCCAAAUGCAACUUCUACAAACUUCAUGGCAAGGUGAUCUUGAACAACUUCAACACUUGCUGGCAUCUGAAGAGUUCCUGGAUAUAAAUUUCCCAAACCAACAUGGCUUGACCCCUCUGAUGCUGGCUGUAAGGGAUGUGGAUCUGUUUGAGAGUCUUGAUAUGUUAACAGUCUACAGACCUGUGGAGGUUCUGUCUGAGCUCCUCAGGCAUCAUGCAGAUCCUAAACUCUGUGAUUUUAGUGGAAAAUCAGCAAUACAUUAUGUGUCGCAAAUACAUAGUUUUAGGAAACAGCAGUUAUUGGACAUUCUAAUGAACUCUAUGCCAAAACCAGAAAGACAUGCUGAAUCAUUGCUUGAUAUUUGUCAUGAUACUAACUCUUCUCCAACUGAUAGGAUGACAGUUACUACAAACCAAAAUAUAAUCUUGCAAAGUAUCAGCAGCAGUGAGGAUAAAUGUCCAGGAAUCCAAAUACUGGAUCAUAUGGCAAAUGUAUGUUUAACCCUUUUAAAAACUGCCAAACAGUUUUCCAGAGUGGCUCUAUCAUUUUAUAUUCCCAUCAGCAAUGAAGAGAGAUCCAGUAUCUCUGUAUCCUGGCCAUCAUUUGUCAGUGAGUUUGACCAAGACGAGGAUUGCAGUCAUUCCAUAUUGCUUAGUGAAGGAGAGGAUCCAAGUGGUGAUGGACAAGAUUGGCAACCCAGGACAGAAGGUUUUGAGAUUAUUGUUACUUUUCCAAGAGAUGUCAGUUAUCCCCAAGAAAUAAGCCAAGAAGAUUUACAAGAAAACAAUCAGAUAACCCCAGUGAUUCAAGAAAGGGCACAAGCACAUUCUGUUUCUCUUCCAAAUGAAAUUCACAUGGUGGACUUCCGGACAAAGACUCUGACCAUGGGUCAGAAGAAGGAGGAAAGUUCCAAGGAGCUCUGUGAUGCAAAUGUGGGCUUUUUGUUGCCAAGACCUUGCUUAGAACCAAACAUCUCCACAUCUGUAGCCAGAGAAGAUGUUCCUCACUUUCUGAAGGAGCAGCAAAGAAAAUCUGAAGAGUUUUCUACUCCUGAUAUGAAGUAUAGUAGCCGAAGAAUUGAGUUCCCUCUGCCAGCAUUGUCACUUUUGCCCAUGAAACCUGGUCUUCAUACUGCCCCCCAAGAUCACAUGGAUCAAAAGGAGAGAGAAAAAAAUAUUCUGAACUUUGUAUCUUUCAAACCUAAGCUCUCAGAGCCCAGAAGUCAAUCUGAUGAGGUUAGACCAUUGAACAAGCAGCAGGAAGCUCCGUUUAAGGUGUUUGUGGAUCAGACUCUCAGGUGCUCUGAUAGCUCUAUUUGGUCCAGAAACAUGUGCUCUUUUUGGAAGGCUAACCAUCACAGACAACAUAUGGAGAUGGAGAACAGGAAAUCCAAGGAAACAGAAGAAAGUGACAAAAUUUCAAUCUCUCACUUUGAAAAAGGACAAUCUUUGUUGUCCUUUGAGAAUUGUAAGGAACGCAGUUUUCCUACAGAUAGGGAAGUGGAUAUUGACUACCUUGGUUGUGAAAUGAGAAAAGCAGAAGAGAAUUCUCAACAUCUUUUAUCAGGAAAGAAAGAGGGUUCAGUAGCCAGAAACUUGUUUACAGAUUUUGAAGUUGGAUGUAACAUGCCAGUCAAGUUCCAAGAAGCCCAGCAUUCAGAAGUAAUUCUAAGUCAGGAUGAAGAGACUAGAAAUGAUAAAGCUGAUUUAAAAAGUACUUCAGUACAUAAAGGUGAAGCAGUUGAGCCAAAUCAUAUUUUAGAAGAGUAUACUGUACUUAAAAGUUUGUCCAAUGUAGUCCCUGAUGGCCCCACUGAAAAGAUUCCGCAAGGUCCUAGACGCACAGAGACAAACAUAAAAAUGUCAAUGGCGGAGGCAACCAAACCGGAAAUGAAUGGGAUGGUGCCUCUUAUCCACAUCACUUUCCCUGGAGAUGAAACUCCCAAGGAACCAGCAGUAGCCAAACCAAGCCUCCAAAAAAGAAAGGGCACUCUUCAUAGCAACAAUAGCUUCAAUAUUCUUGUACAUCAAGAAAAUGACAGACAUAAGAUGAAAACCCCCAGAAAUAAGUUGGAUUCAAAGACCAAGACCAGUAAUAGGACACCCCAGAAUUUCAUGAUUUCCAUUGAAGGUUCCAUUAAGCCUACCAUACAUAAAACCAGUAUAAAAACUCCAGUUUUCCCUGCUUUGGGGCUUGUUGACCCCAGACCUUGGCAACCACCCAAGUUUCAAAGGAGAAUGCCACAGAUAGAAAAGAAGCAAUCAACUUACCGGGCUCUGAAACCUAAAAAGCAAUCUUUUCCUUGCAUCGGUAAGAAUUCAGGAAUAAAAAAGUCUUCUGUUCCUCUCUCUGCUCAACCAACAGAGCCAAGACUAAAUUACUUAGAUCUUAAGUAUAGUGACAUGUUCAAAGAAAUCAAUUCAACUGCUAAUGGUCCUGGAAUCUAUGAAAUGUUUGGGACCCCUGUUUAUUGUCACAUGAGAGAGGCUGAACGUCAUGAGAGCAAAUAUUAUCGAGAGAUAUGCUCAGCUCCAUCUGGCAGAUGUAUUACCAAUAAAUGUCGAUCUUCACACAGUGAGAGGAGCAGCAACAGCAGAACAAGAUUUUCUCAGAAAAGACCACAUGUUAAACCUGUAAAGGUUUCACUUGGCAUUAAACAAAAGAACAAAAUUUUAAUUUCUAAAGAAAAGGGUUACAAGGCUGUAGGUAGCAACGUACAAGACAUGGAAAAUGGUGAUAUUUCAGGUUCACAGUGGCAGAUAAAGUCUUCAGGAGAUGACUUUCUUUCUUCUAAUAAUGAAGUUCAGCCCUUGAACUCAGCUCUGCCUCAUGAGCAGUCCACUGAACAGAAUAAAGUCAUUCCUGUUUCAGAUUUGUCCACUAUUGAAGAAGUCUCUAUGGAAGAGUCUGCUGAUGAAGGAGACAUUUCUAACAAUCAAAUACUUGCCACAAGCCUCAGAGAUCUACAGAAACUUGAAGAACUACAUCACCAGACCCCAUUUGUCCUUUCAGAAAACAGUUGGGCAAUGCCCAGUGAGAAGAAUUCCAAUAAGCAUGUACUGCAAGAAAAGCAGAAUACAGCAUCGCUUGUUAAAAUAGAUGCCAACCAAAUUUUAACUAAUGAUGUAGGGUUUGAAAGUGUUUUAGGUAAGUCUGAGAGACUUUUGAGUUUCUCUUUCCAAGAGAAACAACAGAGUGCAUCUUCCCAAGCAUAUCAACAUUGGGCACAUUCUUUGGAUCCUGAUAGUUUAGUUAAUGAAUCAAUUACAUAUCAAACAUUUGGACAAACUUUAAAUUAUGCAAAUUCAAUUUCGCAAGGAAUUCUAGAUUCUGUAAAGAAUGAAGAAUUGACGGAUGAACUAUUAGGAUGUCUAGCUGCAGAACUAUUAGCUCUUGACGAGAGAGGUAACACCUCUUGCCAAAUAAUGGCAAAUGAAACAGAUCCUGAAAAUCUAAAUCUUGUCUUCAGUAGGAGAGGACAAACCACACAAGAAUUGGGCGGAGAGACAACCAAUGUUAAAAUACAGAGAUAUAGUAAUGGGUUCAGCAUAUAUGACAAGGACAAGAAAUUUCUCAACUCAAAUGAAAAGAAGAAAUUUCCUGAAAAUAGUUUAAAGUAUGAAGAAUCUAUCCUGUGGACUAAGGGAGAGGUCCUUGGGAAGGGAGCCUAUGGCACAGUAUAUUGUGGUCUUACUAGCCAAGGACAGCUAAUAGCUGUAAAACAGGUGGCUUUGGAUACCUCUGAUAAAUUAGCUACUGAGAAAGAAUACCGGAAGCUACAGGAAGAAGUAGAUUUGCUCAAAGCACUGAAACAUGUCAACAUUGUGGCCUAUCUGGGGACAUGCUUGGAAGCGAACAUCGUAAGCAUUUUCAUGGAAUUUGUUCCUGGUGGCUCAAUUUCUAGUAUUAUAAGCCGUUUUGGGCCAUUGCCUGAGAUGGUUUUCUGUAAAUAUACAAGACAAAUUCUGCAAGGUGUUGCUUAUCUCCAUGAGAACUGUGUGGUGCAUCGAGAUAUCAAAGGAAACAAUGUUAUGCUCAUGCCAACUGGAAUAAUAAAGCUAAUUGACUUUGGCUGUGCCAAGCGUUUGGCUUGGGCUGGCAUAAAUGGCACCCACAGUGACAUGCUUAAGUCCAUGCAUGGGACUCCAUAUUGGAUGGCCCCGGAAGUCAUCAAUGAGUCUGGAUACGGAAGGAAGUCAGAUAUCUGGAGCAUUGGCUGCACCGUGUUUGAGAUGGCCACAGGGAAGCCUCCACUGGCUUCCAUGGACAGGAUGGCAGCCAUGUUUUACAUUGGAGCACACCGAGGGCUGAUGCCUCCUUUACCAGAACACUUCUCAGAAAAUGCAGUGGACUUUGUGCGUGUGUGCCUGACCAGGGACCAGCAUGAGCGACCUUCUGCUGCCCAGCUCCUGAAGCACUCCUUCUUGAUAAGAAGUCAUUGAACAUACAUCAACUUUCCUUUCCAGUUCCAUUAUAGAUACACUCCGUGACUGCUUCAUUGUGGGAAUGAUGGUUAAGGGACUUUUGUUUUCCUAUUGUUAAGUCAGCUCAACUCAACCAGAUCCUGCAGUGUCCCUAACUAAAAUGUUUUUAGGUAAAUAUUAGCCUCAAGCUUCAGGCGUGGUUACCCAUGUAUAUGAGAAAAUUUUCUUAAUAACAAAAUGUAUUGCUGUUUACAGUUUUGACUAUCCUUCAUUU